AUGUCCGAAGACCAGUCAAAGGACAAUCUUGAUGAUGAUCUAGAGGUUGUCGUCUGGACCGAGCUCCAGGUACCACCUGGACGAGAGGAGUCUCAGGAACAGUGGGCUGGGUAUUUUCAACCAUUGGUCUACGCCGACGGUCAUUCGCAAACAAUCUGGGCAAGAUCAAAGCAACAUUCUGAGAUAGUGCUUGUAGCAACACUCUGGCAUGAGGCCUCGCAACUGAGGAGAUUUAAAUCCUCACCUUCGGCUCAACUUUACUGGGAGGCCCUAUUGAAUAGUGGCACCAAACCACUCUCCUAUCAUGAGAUUCAAGGAUCAUGUACAUUAAGAGCGACUGAAGCGUGGGAUCGGCGGAGACAAGAAGCGUGUGGAAAAGUUCCCUCAUGUACGCCUCGACCCUACAAUUACUCGGACAUGACGAGUUGCCGCUUCUGGCUCACGAAAAGGCCCAUGUGGAUUUCGUUCGGGUUGGCCUUUGCCCGUUUGGCUGAGGUUGUCCGUUUCGACGAUGGCAACCGAGAGGUCGGAGAUUAG